AUGGAGUCCAAAAGAGCCAUUGUCAUCCCAGUCACUCUCAAAGGCCCCAACUACCUUCUCUGGUCACGCCUAGCCAAGACAGCCAUAGGAGGAAAGGGUUUAUGGAGCCAUUGCAUCUCAGAUGCUCCAAACCACUCCAAAGCUGUCGCCACACAAGCUGAAGGUGAAGCAAGUUCCAAACCGGUCUCUGAAGACAGAUGGCUACAAGAAGACCUCACUGUCCUCUCCAUACUCCAAAGCUCCUUGGAUCCAUCCAUUCUUGAAGCCUACUCCUACUGUGAGAGUGCUAAAGAGCUUUGGAGUACACUUAAGAAGAUCUAUGGGAACCUGUCCAACCUCAGCCGAGUCUUUGAGAUCAAGAAGGCCAUCAACAACAUGUCCCAAGAAGAAGAGGAGUUCACUACUCAUCUAGGAAAGUUCAGAGCCCUUUGGUCUGAGCUAGAGAUGCUUAGACCUCAAUCAUUUGAGCCGGAUGUGUUGAAUGAAAGAAGGGAGCAAGAUAAAGUGUUUGGGCUGCUCCUAACUCUCAGUCCCACCUUCAGCGGCCUCAUCAAACACCUAUUGAGGUCUGAGAAGCUACCUACCCUUGAAGAGGUGUGUGCUCAAGUCCAAAAGGAGGAGGGCUCACACGGAUUGUUUGGAGCAAAGGAACCACUUACCUUUGCCUCACACGCUGAAGGAAGCUCUCAGCCCAUGAAACCGGUGUACAAGAAGGGGGAUAGAAGAGGCCUGAGUUUCUGGGUAUUUGGGAGGUUGUCUGGUCGAUUCAAGCAACCUCAACAGGAGAUGAAGCACAGGUUUAGUAAAUCUUUGGGGCGUGAAGAAGAAAUGGAUGGAGUGUGUUCAAGAUGGAUAAAGGGAGCUUUGGAAAGCUCUUACUUGGGAGAAUCAGUAGAAGAUGGUGUAAGUACAAGGAGGCAGGAGACCAAAGGAGGAGAGGAUCCAAUCACAAAGAAAGAAUGGGAUGAGUUUGUUAAGUGUGUGUAUGAACUGGUUGCAAGAAAGAAGCAAGGUGCUCUAGCUGCAAGUGAGAAGCAAAGCGAUUCCUACACAGCCUCUAAACCUAUCAUAAUUGAUUCUGGAGCAACACAUCAUAUGAUCAGUGAUAGGAGUCUGAUAAGUGAUGUCAGGGCUGCAACAGGGUGUGUUACCAUAGCUAAUGGCGCUCAGAUCCCAGUAGAAGGAAUGGGAAACCUCAAGCU